AUGGUGAACGCGCUGACGGGCGGGUCGACGCAAGGCGCUCUCCGCGGCAGCAAGCUGCUGCGCAGCGAGGGGCGCGGAUUCGCCGCCAUGGCCCGCGUGGUGGUCGCUGCCGGCAGUGCUGCUGCGGCGCUCAUGCUGCUUGCACCGAGAGUGGCGCAGUGGGCGCGAGCAGCGCGGCCGGCGCAUGGCCGGCUAACCCCUACGCGCGCACUGCACGCCGCCGCCGGCACUGCCGGCAGGGACGGCGGCAGACGAGGGCUGGCCACCCAGAGCAGUGACGAGGAGGGUAGGGCGGGGCGGCAGCUGAAAAGGGCGGAGCGGGAGCAGAGGUCGAGGGAGCGGCAGGGAGAAGGGGCAGCAGCAGCAACAGGGGGAGAAGCGGGGGAUGUGGAGAGCUCGGGCAUGGAGGGCAGUGGAGGGGAAGGGCCAGUGGCGGCGCCGGGGCCGAUGGAAAUGCUGGCGCGCGGGCUGGCGUGCAUCCAGGCGAACCUGGGCCCGUGGUCCGUGUCCGACCUCACCCUCGGCCUCGCCGUCAUGGCCAAGGUGACGGCAAAGCGCCCCCCUCCCCCACCGCGUGGGCGAGUGGUGGCGCCUGCGGAGGUGGGAGUGGCGUACGUGGCGGAGUUGCAGCGCCUGAGGGCGCACGCCGAGGCCGUGUACUCGGGGGACAGCGCCACCUGGUCGCUGCAGACGUGUCUGCCGGAGUCGGCCAUAGUGCAUGCGCAGUGGCAGCCGCACAACCAGCGUGUGCGCCCAGCGUUUGUGGUGUGCGUGGACCCACAGCUGGGGGCCGUGGUGGUGUCUGUCAGAGGCACCUCCGACACCGCUGACAUGCUCGUCAAUGCCGGCACCUUUCCACACGAUUUCCUGGGCGGCAAAGUGCACAGUGGCUUUCUGCAUGCCUCUACACAUUUGCUCUAUGAGGCCCGGGACCACAUCGAGCACGCACUGCGCACGUGGCAUGGCAUGCCGGUGCGGCGCCUUGUGUUCGUGGGGCACAGCCUGGGCGCGGCUGUGGCCAUCUUGGCCGGCAUGAUGCUGCGGCAUGAGAACAACCGCCUGCACCCGCACCCUCAUGCAGGGGGCAGCGCAGGUGAUGGCGAGGCAUCAAGAGAGAGCAUGCAUGCUGUGACAGGUGACAACCACUCUCGUGCUGCUGCUGCCAAGCGUGGUGGUAGGCGUGGUGGCAGGGGGCGGAGGUCAGAAGGGCGGCAGCAGGAGAGGAGGUGGGGGGACAGGGAGUCAGAGGAGCUGCAGGAGGCAGCGGCGGAAGCAGUGGUGGGAGCAGGGAGGGGGUUGGAUGGUGUGGAGGUGCAGUGUGUGGGGUAUGGUCCGCCUGCAUGCAUGACUUUGGACUUGGCCCAGCACUGCACCUCCUUUGUCACCUGUGUGCUAGUGCAGCACGACUUAGUCCCUCGGUUCUCUCUGGCCAGUGUGGAGCUGCUGCGGCAGGCCAUCAGCACGUUUGACUGGGAGCAUGCAGAGGCUGUGGUGGGGUGGCAUGACGAGGACUGGCAGCGCCUCAAGGCGGCCAGGGACCUGCUCACGCGCCUCAAGGACCUGCAAAGCACCGCCGUGGGGGCAGCGGCAGCCGUGCAGGGGAGUGCAGUGUCGGCGGCAGCAGCAGUGCAGCAGUCAGCGGCGGGUGUAGCGGCGUCCUUGCAGCAGUCACCACUGCUGGGGGCUGCAGUGGGGGCGGCUGGAGCAGUGCAGAGCCAGGCAAUGGGUGCGGCAGCAGCGGUGCAGGGAGCUGCGGUGGCAGUGACGGGGGCGGCAGUUGGGCUGGGGGGCAAGGCACAGGAGCUCCAGCACGUGGUGGCGGAGAGGGUCCCUGAGAUCGUGGCAGAUGCCAUUCCACAAGGGGUGGUUGAGCUCGUGGGGGGCGCAAGGGCAAAGCAGCAGGAGAAUGGUAGCAAGGGGCAAAAGGGGGAGGCGAAUGAGGGGCAGUUGGGCAAGGUGAUGCGUGGAAGAGAUGGGCAGUCAAGGAGUGGGCAAGGUUGGGAUGAUGUGGGUGAGGAGGAUGGGGCAGAGAGUGCUGAAGGAGAUGGCAUGAAAGCAGGGGGGGGGAAGAGAGCGGAAGAGGCAGGGGAGGACUGGCAGGCAGAUCAAGAGUGGGUGGAGGCGCAACACAUGGAGGGUGGGGCGGAUGCCAUUGGCUCUAGUAGCGACAGUGGGGAAGGCGGUAACAGCAACGACGCCGGGGAAGCUGGAAUGGAGGCCAUGGUGCAGAGAGGUGAGUGCAACGACGAGGGAAGUGGUGUGGAGAGAAGUAAGGUGGCGGAAGCAGUGGACAGCAACGAGGAUGGGAGCACUGAGGGGAGAGAGGGUAAGAAUGAGGAGCGGGCUGAAAAGCCAGAGAGUGCUAAUGAGAAGCAGCAGCAAGAGGAUUUUGCGCCACCCCUUUACCCCCCUGGUCGUCUGCUGAUGCUGUGCUGCGACCCCCCUGGUUGUGGCCAUCGCCCCACCACUCGCAAGGAAGUGCAUCCGCAGAGGCAGUUUGGUGUGUUCCCCUCGCACGAGGAGGUGGCGGGAGGUCACAUGCGGUGGCAGGUGGUGGAGGUGCAGCAGGAGGCGGUGCGCGAGAUAGUGGUGUCGCCGUGGUGCAUCAGCGACCACAUGCCAGGCACCAUGGGCGAGGGGCUCAACUGGAUCAUGGCACAUGUGGGGGAGGGCGAACGGGGCAGGGUGGAAGGCGGGAGGGACAAUGGUGAACGAGGGGUAAGGAAGCGGGAAGAGUAG